AUGCUUGCUGGUUUCGAAACAACUUCGACUGUUCUAGCGUAUUCAACUUAUGUUCUAGCUAAACAACCUAAUAUUCAGCAUAAACUACGGAAAGAAAUCAAUGAAUAUUGGAGAGAAGGUGAAGACGAACUUAAUUACGAGAUAAUAAGUGAUAUGACAUACAUGGAUUACUUUGUACGAGAAAUUCUACGAAUGUAUCGAAUAUCGGGUCAAGCCAGCACUCGACAAUGUGCUACGGCGACGACUGUUUGUGGUCAUCAGAUUGACAAAGGUUGUGUAAUCCUAGCAGACGUUCAUGCCAUUCAUUACAGUACCGAUCUAUGGGGUCCGGAAGAUCCUAAUCUGUUCAUUCCAGAGCGUCACGCUGUCAAACGUCAUCCUCUUGCUUACAUGGGAUUCGGUGUUGGACCACGAAAUUGUGUAGGAAUGAGAUUCGCUUUGAUGGAAUUAAAAUUGUGUUUAGCACGCUUAUUACAUAUAUAUAAUAUUCUUCCCGGUGAAAAUAUCGAAAAGGGCAUGGUUCGACGAGAAACACCAAUCAUUACACCAGAGGCCAUCUAUGUGCGACUGGAAAAACGAUCGAAUUGA